GGCUCGGCGUCCGGCGCCUGUUUGUGCUGCAGCUCUGGGGCCCGGGACGGCCCCGCCACCCAUCCCCGGGGGCCGAACGCGCCCCGGGAGAACCCGAGGCCCCGGCGGGCCCUGCGACUGAGGCCCCGUCCCACAGCGCCCCCUCCAGGCGCUUGCCCCGCGCCCGACAGCGCCCCCGGAGGUGGCACGGUGGCCCUGCGCGCGCGCCCCGGGGUGCUUCCCCUUCCCCUCUCCCCGGCCACGGCCCCCGCGGCUUAGACGUCUCCUCCGCCGCCGCCGCUGGGAACAGCCCGGGGGCCGGAUGGACGGGGCCGCGGGGUCCGGUGAGAGCCCUGCUCAGCAGGCCCUGCAGUCCUUGAGCCGCCGGCUUCGGGUGCAGGAGGAGGAGAUGGAGCUGGUGAAGGCGGCCCUAGCAGAAGCCCUCCGCUUGCUGCGGCUCCAGACGCCCCCCACCCCCCUGCAGGGCACUGUCCUGCCAGCUCCCAUGAGGGACAGCCUUGUAACCCCGCCAGGACUGCCACCCACAUGCAGCCCCUCCUUGGUGAGUCGAGGCACCCAGACAGAGCUGGACACGGAGCCACAAGUCACCGGACCCCCUGGCCUGAGUAAUGGGCCCCGGGCUCCGCAAGAAGGCAGCGAAGAGCCUGGCGGCACCCAGUUUGAAGGCGGGGGCAGCAGCAGCAGCGGUACUGGCUCCCCUGGUCCCCCAGGGGUCCUCAAGCCUCUGCAGCCCCCACAGCGCGCUGACACGCCACGGAGAAAUUCUUCCUCCUCCUCGUCUCCCUCAGAGCGGCCCCGGCAGAAGCUGUCCCGGAAGGCAGCUUCCUCAGCCAACCUGUUAUUGCGGUCAGGGAGCAUGGAGAGCCGUUGGGGGAAAGAUCCCCUCUCUAGCCCUGGGGGCCCUGGAUCUAGGAGAAGCAAUUAUAAUUUGGAAGGCAUCUCAGUGAAGAUGUUCCUUCGCGGCCGCCCUAUUACCAUGUACAUUCCGUCUGGCAUCCGCAGCCUUGAGGAGCUGCCCAUCGGCCCACCCCCAGAGACCCUCAGCCUUGACUGGGUUUAUGGGUACAGGGGUCGUGACUCUCGCUCCAAUCUGUUUGUGCUGCGCUCUGGGGAGGUGGUCUACUUUAUUGCCUGUGUGGUGGUGCUUUACCGGCCCGGGGGAGGCCCAGGGGGCCCUGGAGGAGGUGGCCAGAGACACUACCGGGGGCAUUCCGACUGCGUUCGAUGCCUUGCUGUUCACCCUGAUGGUGUUCGCGUAGCCUCAGGACAGACAGCAGGAGUGGACAAGGAUGGAAAGCCUCUGCAGCCCGUGGUCCACGUCUGGGACUCAGAGACACUGCUAAAGCUGCAGGAGAUUGGACUGGGGGCCUUUGAGCGGGGUGUGGGCGCCCUGGCCUUUUCAGUUGUGGAUCAGGGUGCCUUUCUGUGUGUGGUGGAUGAUUCCAACGAGCACAUGCUGUCUGUGUGGGACUGCAGCCGGGGCACGAAGCUGGCUGAGAUCAAGAGUACAAAUGACUCAGUGCUGGCGGUUGGCUUCAGCCCUCGUGACAGCAGCUGCAUCGUCACCAGUGGGAAAUCUCACGUCCACUUCUGGAACUGGAGUGGUGGCUCAGGGGUUCCUGGGAACGGGACCCUCACCAGGAAACAGGGUGUCUUUGGGAAAUACAAGAAACCCAAGUUCAUCCCUUGCUUUGUGUUCCUCUCUGAUGGAGACAUUCUUACUGGGGACUCAGAGGGCAACAUUCUUACCUGGGGGCGGAGCCUCUCAGAUUCCAAGACCCCAGGCAGGGGUGGGGCCAAAGAGACCUAUGGGAUUGUGGCCCAGGCCCAUGCUCACGAGGGGUCCAUCUUCGCCUUGUGUCUCCUGCGGGAUGGGACGGUGUUGAGUGGUGGUGGGCGAGAUCGCCGGCUGGUACAGUGGGGUCCCGGACUGGUGGCCCUCCAGGAGGCUGAGAUUCCUGAACACUUUGGGGCUGUACGGGCCAUUGCCGAGGGGCCUGGCUCUGAGCUGCUGGUGGGGACCACGAAGAAUGCAUUGCUGAGGGGAGAUCUGGCCCAGGGCUUCUCUCCUGUCAUCCAGGGACACACGGAUGAGCUCUGGGGGCUCUGCACACAUCCCUCCCAGAACCGCUUCCUCACCUGCGGCCACGACCGGCAGCUCUGCUUAUGGGACGGGGAGGGCCACGCACUGGCCUGGAGCAUCGACCUCAAGGAGACUGGUCUUUGUGCCGACUUCCACCCCAGUGGAGCAGUUGUGGCUGUAGGACUGAACACAGGGAGGUGGCUAGUUUUGGACACAGAGACCAGAGAGAUCAUGUCUGACAUCACUGAUGGCAACGAGCAGCUCUCAGUGGUUCGGUACAGCCCAGAUGGGAUGUACCUGGCCAUCGGUUCCCAUGACAACAUGAUUUACAUCUAUAGCAUUUCCAGUGAUGGUGCCAAGUCCAGCCGCUUUGGCCGCUGUGUGGGUCAUUCCAGCUUUAUCACUCAUCUCGACUGGUCCAAGGAUGGGAACUUCAUUAUGUCCAAUUCUGGAGACUAUGAGAUUCUUUACUGGGAUGUAGCUGCAGGCUGCAAGCUUUUACGGAAUCGCUAUGAAAGCCGAGACCGGGAAUGGGCCACCUAUACCUGUGUGCUGGGCUUCCACGUCUACGGCGUGUGGCCUGACGGCUCCGACGGGACCGACAUCAACUCCUUGUGCCGCUCCCACAACGAGCGCGUGGUGGCCGUGGCCGACGACUUCUGCAAAGUGCACCUCUUCCAGUACCCGUGCGCGCGCGCCAAGGCGCCGAGCCGCAUCUACGCGGGCCAUGGCAGCCACGUGACCAGCGUCCGGUUCACGCACGACGACUCGCACCUCAUCUCGCUGGGCGGCAAGGACGCCAGCAUCUUCCAGUGGCGCGUGCUGGGCGCCGGAGGCGCGGGGUUGGCGCCUGCCACGCCUUCGCGAACCCCGUCCCUGUCCCCCGCCUCCUCCCUCGACGUCUGACCGCUGCGAGACAGAGGCGACCGGCCUCUGCGCGUUUCCCCACCCCACCUGCAGCCCCCAGGACCUGGGGCCGAGCCUUCCCGCGACUUCGAGACAUUCCCAAGCGUGCAUUUCCCCGGAAGGGGCGAACGAACUCCGCACACACUGUACAGAUCCGCUGGCCGAGCCGGGCAGCCCCGGCUUGGGCCCCUACUCCCGCUGACUGCUGAGGGGCAAUAAACCAAAACCAAAGU